AUGAAGAGUGCAGAGAUGUCGUCUCGUGGUCGGGGUUAUGGUGGGAGGGGCACCUACAGCGGUGGUCGUGGAAGUAGUUAUAGAGGAUCAUACAGAGGAGGUAGUCGAGGAGGUUCUUAUGAGAGCCGUGGGGGACGAGGGGGUGGGUACUCAUCCUAUAACAAUGACUCCCGAUACAAUAGCAGCAGUGGAGGCAGAUAUAAUUCUGGCCGUGACCGCAUUGAUGAUUCUUAUAAGAAGACGUAUCGAUCUGAAUCUGCUAGCUAUUCAAACCGUGAUUACAGUGGUCGGUCAGGAUCACCAGAGAGAAAAAGAUUGAGGAUGGAGGGCUCCUCGAGCGAUAGACGUAGUCAUGACGGUGGCGGCCAUUACGGUGGAUCUUACGGCGGUCGGCAAGAGAGUUACAACAGCGAAAGAAGAUCAUUCGCUGGAGAAGAUCGCAGACGGUCACCGAAUCGAGAGGGCUACCGCAAGCCGAGCGGCAUGGGCCCGCCGCGAGAGGUGCGGCCGUCUACGAGACCGCGCGCAGUGCGCCGCUCUUUCCGCGGCCGCACAAUGCGCUCACGCGCCUCGUUCAGGGGCGCCCCGCGCUCGCGCGGUACAUUUACCUCUAGGCGAUACACCGAAAGGUCGCUCGGGUACACCCGUGCGUUCCGAUCGAUCAAGGGCAGAAGUUCUGUGAAGUCAAAAGAAGAGGAGGCUUCUUCAACUGAAGAAGACUGGGAUGCUGAUGAGAAAGAGGAAGUUAUUGAAGAAAAAAAAGAGGUCAAAAUUAAAUCUCCUAAGCAAGCUGAACCAGAAGUAUCAGAUAACGAGGGUGGAGAAGGCGGCGAGGACACGGAUAAGGAACCGGAUGCGGCGUCGGACGUAGCACCGGCCCGACCUCGCCCCUACGUGCACCUGGCCUGCGUGCACUGUAAGGAGAAGUGCGCUACUUUCGCGGCGUACGUGAAGCACCUGGUAUCGAGCAAACACCGUGCCGCCAUGAAUUCCGUGGCGCGGCGCCACAAGGUGCAGUUGCUGCGCAUGCGUGUGGCUCAGCGCGGUGCUCAGCGCGAGCUGGAGGCCGCGGCCGGCGCACAGCUGGCGCAGCGCACCACAUUCUGUCCCGUGUGCCGCCUCAACCACCGCACCACUCGCCAUGCGCACAAUCUCACCGACACACAUCGGGCUAUGAAGCGCUUCCUUAUGCCUUUUUGCCAGAUUUGUCGCCUCACUUUCCGCUCGCCUAUGAUCUACGAACAUCAUAUUUGCUCCGUGGAGCAUCUGAAGAGAAAAGCUACGCAGUCCGCCCGACGUGUGAGUCCCAAAGCGGAGGCUAGCGGUGACGAGGGCAUGGAUGUUGACUUGGAUAAUUUUAUGACUCUAGAUUCUGUAGGAGAUGUGGAUGAAGUAGAAGAUGAUGAUUCAGGUGGCGAAAAGAAGGAUGAGGCUCCACCAAAAAAAGCUAAAGUAGAGAUAAACAUAGGCAGUGAACAUAUCAAAAAGAUGGAGGUUUGGUGGUGUGAGCUAUGCCAUGUAUACUUGCCCCGAGUAGAAGCAGGUGGUACUGAGGAAGCAGAGGCGCUGCGACGCCAUUGUCGCCUACGUAUUCACCUUGGUCGCUAUGUACAGCAUCGCGACACUCGCACUCUCCGUAAACACGCUGAACGAAUUCAUCGCCAACUACACCAACACAAAGAAGAAGAAAAAGAUGCAGCUAGCACUGAAGGUGUUAAAGUUAAAAUAGAAAACAGUGAGUCCGCUGAAGAAAAUAAAAAGAAACUUGAUAAUGGUGAAAACUCUAUUACUUCUGGUAGUGAAGAUAAAUUAUGGGCAGAUGUUGAUAAAGACAUUGGAGAGCUACUGCGUGAAGUAGAUCCACAAGGCAAUGAGGGCAGUGACGAUGAAGAAGAUCUGGGCAGAUACGACAAAUUUAGGAAGAGUGACAAAAAAGCCAAAAAUGGUGAAACUGAGGAAAACCCUACUGAAGCUACAGAUGCUGUUGAUGAAAAGAACAACACUGAAAUUAACACAACUGCUUAA